GAAUGCACAUAUAUGGAUUAUGUGUGCUUAUUUUUAAUGACUACUAUUUUUAAUAGUAAUAAUAAGUUGUAAUUACAGCUGAACAUAUCAUAAUCUGCACACACAUUCUAUGAUUUAACAAGGUACACAGAAGUAGUUGAAAUUAUUCAAACACUAUAGAAAAGUUUUUUUUCUUCAGGAAAAUUAAUUUCAUUGCAGUAUAAUUAUCAGAUAUGGAAUAAUCCCUGUAGUAGUAAUAGUACUGGUUAUUGACUAAUAAUAUAAUAAUAAUCAUAUCCUUAUUGUUGAUAAUAUUUUUAACAUGUCUGGAGACUAUUUUUCGAGAACACCAGCUUUAUUAUACUCUUAUGUUGAUUCCGAUUAUAAAACAUUUCAAUUUAAAGUUGAUCAGAUCAAUGAUUCAGUAGCCCCAAUGACAACAUUCAAUUCAAAUAAUCAUAACCAUAAUAAUAAUUAUACAAAUCAUUAUCAUCAUGAUUUUAAUGAUAUAUCAAUGAAAUAUGGAACACAAUCUAUUUUUCAGGUACUUCCAAAUAAUCCUCGACAUAAUAAUCCUUAUCAUCAUCUUCAUCAAAUAGAACAUCAUCAUCGUAAUCAACAGGAUUAUUUGAAUAAUUCUUGUUCUUCUGGAACAACACAUUUGACAUUAUUAAAAUUAACUGGUACAACUACUGCUGCUAAUACAACAAUUACAUCGACAAAUAAUGUUAAAUGUUAUAAUAUUCAUGAAUCUGAUGAUAAUCAUUUAAAUAAUUCAAAUUUAAGACAGAUUAAUCUUAGUAAACAAUCGAAUGUGAUUACAUCAUCUCAUUAUGAUAAUUCAUCAACUGGUAAUAAUCAUCUAACAAAUGAAUUAUCCACUGAGAAUUGGUGUAAACAUUCUCCACAAACAUUACUGAAUUUGUCAGGAAAUGAUCAAUGGUUGGUGACAUCCACUCCUAGAUCACCUACAACAAGUGAUAAUUAUGUUAAUGGUAUAGUUUCUAUUAAUCUCAGUACUAAAAUUGAUAAAACAAUUACUACUGAUGUACAGAUUAGUACAACAACAGCAACAACAAAUCCUAACCUUAAUUGUAUAACAUCUACAGACAUUAAUAAUAAGGAUACACUAUUAAAAUUGUAUUCAGAUUCUAGAACAAAUCAAAAAUUAUCCUUAACAGGUAAUAAUAUUGAUUGUUAUGGUACAAAUGUAAAUGGGACUGCUACAGAUGUAAAUAUUAAAUGUUUUCUGCCACCGCCUAAUCAUAUCAUAUCAUCAUCAUGUAUUAUAAAUGAUCAUUCAAUAAAACCCAAUAAUCUACCAUUAUCAAUAUCAUCUUCAUUAUCGUCAUCAUCAUCAUCAUCAUCAUCGCCACCUCCAUCAUCAUCACCAUCGUCCUAUGACUGUACAUUAACAGAUUCUAAAAUACUGUCUACUAAUUUAUGGUCUACAACAUCUAAUUUACUUAAUAAACAAUUGGGGAACGAUAGUAAUAAUACAUUUCCUACAAUUCAUGAAUCAUAUCCUAUUCAACCUUUAAUGACAUCUUAUUUAAAUAAUUCUUUAAAUAUUGAUUAUCAUCAUAAUAUUCAUCAUCAUCAUUGUCAGGAUCAGCAACAUUCAACACUCAAUAAUAAUGAUAAUAAUAAUAGCAAAAUAUCAAAUUAUAUGCCAGAUAUUGACUCACGUCCCUAUCAUCAUCUUCAUAACAUUAGCAGUCCUGAAGAGUCGUCCAGUGAAGCAUGUCCAACUCUAUCAAAUGAAACAAUAAAUUAUGAUACUGAAUUAAACAGUUAUGAAUCACUUCAUUCAAUUCAGUCAUCUUGUAUAAAUAACAUUAAUCAAUGUAAUAAUAAUGAAAGAAAUCCUCAAGUCAAUGAUUGUUCAACAGUUUUAGGUUCAGUAAACUUUACCUAUUUGAAUUCUGUGCCAACAAAUUCAGUGUUACCAACAAUGACUACAUUUACAACGACAUCGGCGACAACGACACUUACUACAACGGAACCAGGAGUAUCAUUAUCGUCAGUGGUAACGUCAAAAUGUAUUUCAAAUGAUUUCAUUAGUAAACAUGAAUCAAAUACCAUUAAAAACGUGUACUCAUGAGAAUAAUCCUACAAUAUCGUCAUCUAUGUUGUUACAUAAUACUAUGAAUAUGCCAUUUCAUAAAGUGUUAAUGAAAAGCACCAGUGACAGUCGCGAACUAAAUGGUCAAAAUGAUAAUAUUGGUAACGACGAUGAUAUCGAUGAUGAUGAUUAUGAGGAGGAGGAGGAGGAGGAGGAGGACGAAAUAGAAGAGGAAGAAGAUGGUGAUGUGAAUUUAAAACAUAAUCAUUCGACUGACUUAUCCGAUUGCGAAAAUGAUGAUGAUAAUGAUGGUAACGAUGAUCUAGAUGGUGAACAUGUUAUGAACCAAAGAGAGCGAAAUACGACUAACAAUACGAAAUCCAAAUUAAAAGAUGAAUUAACUAAAGAUAUCGAUAAUCGAAAAAAGAACAACGGAGGUAAGCUGUUUGUCAGGUUGUUUAAGUCAGUGGUUGGAAACACAAUCUUAUAAAGCUAAAAUAUAUGUUUGAUGGAAGCUUGAACUUAGGAUUCAAAUAAAUUUAUUUUUUAAAAUAUGGCUAGUCUUAGAAUCUAGAACAUUCAUUUAUUAACAUUUGGAACUCAUCAAAUGUAUGUUCUAGCAUCUCAAUGUUGAUAUUCUCUAACCUACUAUGCGUUAUUUACUACUGAGUCAAGAUAGCUGUUGACUAAGUAUAUGUUCUAAUAGAAAUCUUCAAAUUCAGUCCCUAAUAUAAACAGAAGUUUACAGUCAGUCACUUCGUAAGGUUUAGUUGUAAUCUGAUCUUAUUUCAAUGAAUUCUAUGUCCUAUCAUUCAUUAAGAAAAAAAGACGAAAGGAAACUUAAAAGUUAUGUAUGUUAAUUGUAACUAAAAAAAGCAGGACACUUUCACCUUUUGAAUUACUUUCAAUUUAAUAAUAUAUUAAUUCACUGUUGUUAUCAUUACUUCAUGUAUCUCAGAAAUCACCACAGUCUUCACGAAACCUCAUCAUGUGUUCACUAGUGACUAGCUUCAACAUAAGUUUCCC